AUGAGAUGCAAGGUGGCACGGCGCAAGCACAAGCUCACGGCUCUUCACGGUCAGAAUGAUAGAGUUACCUCGUUUGCAGACAGAGUCAUGACCGAAGCUGCACAAGAGUUAAUCCUCCGCCAAAGUAAUUUUAUUAAACACAACACCCCGGUCAAUAUCUUGCCUCGACCUCGCUCACUUGAUUUUACCAGCGACUCGGUUCAUAGUCCACGAAAAUGGCAUCGUUCGAUCAAGAUACUCUUCCUCACAUUCCGACUUCCGCCCCAGGAGAGUACACCGAAUUCUUACUUGCAGAAGUUGAGACUUGGGUAUCUUACCACCUUGACUCCUGGCUACACGACAAUAUAA